AGCCGUCCUCCCCUCAGCAGCCUCUGCUGGUUUAACAUCAGAUGUUCUGACUUUGUGGCUGUGCCAGCUAUUGACCACUGUGCAAAGCUGCCUCCAGAAUAAUAUUCAUGACGAAAAACGUUAACCUGAGAAGGAGUACAGAACGCGAACGUGCGCUGAGAGAGGAGCACGUGUGUUCGAAGAGUGAGACUGCAGUAGUUAUGGCAAAUGGACUACACGAACUCAACGCGGUAUUAGGGAAGCAAGCAGGACAACAUGGGUUUGGAUGCGGGUGAACUAACGUGAGCGUACUCUGUGGUUGAUAGAGGGGCUCUGCGCAGGAGGUUGAACAUUGGUGAUAGUUUAAUAAAGAAUAGCAGAAGCCUCGGUUUAGGUCUUUACUCUAAAAUCCAUCAAAACUGUGGGCGCAAGGAAUGUCAAGAGAGAGUAUGACGGCUGUACGAGGUGCCCAUGCACAUAAUGGGAGUUCUGCUGGAUCAAAGGAGAAUGGGCAAAACACACCGAGCCGUGUUCACACCGACCCCAAUACCAACGUAGUUCCACCAGGAGACAUCGGCAAUGACACGUCUGGGUCGUCUGCGGGUGACCUAACCCAGACAUGGAUUCAGUUUACGAAGACAUUCGUGUUCAUUUUCCCCAUAUAUGUUUUGGGAUAUUUUGAAUUUAGUUUUAGUUGGCUUCUAAUAGGGCUUGUGAUAUUUUUCUGGUGGAGGAGAAACACAGGAGGCAAGAACACCCGAAUGUACAGAGCCUUGGCAUUCUUUGAACAAGAGGAGAGAACUGUCCAACAAAGCCUGACAACUUCUGAUUUGCCAUCAUGGGUCAACUUCCCGGAUGUAGAAAGAGUAGAGUGGCUGAACAAGACUGUGAGACAGAUGUGGCCGUAUAUUUGCCAGUUCAUAGAGAAGCUGUUCCACGAGACUAUCGAGCCGGCUGUGAAGGGAGCCAACUCCCACCUCAGCACCUUCUGUUUCAGCAAGAUUGACAUGGGGGACAAGCCUUUGAGGAUUAACGGGGUCAAGGUUUACACAGAGAAUGUGGACAAGCGUCAGAUCAUCAUGGACCUACAGAUCAGUUUUGUUGGAAAUACUGAAAUUGAUGUGGACGUCAAAAGAUACUACUGCAAGGCUGGUAUUAAAAGCAUACAGCUCCAUGGAGUGUUGAGAGUAGUCAUGGAGCCAUUGCUAGGUGACAUGCCCCUUGUCGGAGCUCUGUCCCUGUUCUUCCUGAAAAAACCUCUUCUGGAAAUCAACUGGACAGGCCUCACCAAUAUACUAGACAUUCCUGGGCUGAAUGGCUUCUCAGACAGUCUGAUUCAGGACAUCAUCUACAGCUACCUGGUGCUGCCUAACCGUAUCACUAUCCCACUGGUGGGAGAUAUAGAACUGGCUCAGCUACGCUUCCCUAUGCCAAAGGGAGUCCUGAGAAUUCACUUCCUGGAGGCUCAGGACCUGGAGGGGAAGGAUAAAUUCCUAGGCGGGCUGAUCAAGGGGAAGUCUGACCCCUACGGCAUCCUCCAGAUUGGCAACCAGCUCUUCCAGAGCAAGACGGUCAAAGAGAGUCUGCACCCCAAAUGGAACGAAGUUUACGAGGCCCUGGUAUAUGAGCACUCAGGCCAACAUCUGGAGAUUGAGUUGUUUGAUGAGGACCCAGACAAAGAUGAUUUCCUGGGGAGCCUGAUGAUCGAUAUGACGGAGCUUCACAAAGAGCAGAAGGUCGAUGAGUGGUUUGAUCUGGAAGAAGUCUCCACGGGGAAGCUACACUUGAAACUGGAGUGGCUCUCUCUGCUCUCCACCCCUGAAAAGAUGGACCAGGUGUUGAGGAGCGUGCGAGCUGACAGAAGCCUGGCCAAUGAUGGACUUUCGUCUGCUCUCCUGGUGGUGUACUUGGACUCGGCAAAGAACCUGCCGAGCGACCUGUUUAAUUUCAACCAUGACGUGUUGAAGCAAGCCUCUGUCUAUAAAUCCCUGAAGUCCGGCAAGAAAAGGAGCAGUGAACCAAGUCCUUACGUCUAUUUCACAGUUGGGAACAAAUCAUUUGAGAGUAAGAUCCGCUAUAAGACCAAUGAGCCAAUGUGGGAGGAAGCCUUCUCCUUCCUUGUCCAUAACCCCAGGAGGCAGGAGCUGGAAGUGGAGGUGAAGGACGACAAGCACAAGUGCACCCUGGGUAAUCUUACAGUCCCCUUGAGUGGUCUGUUGUUGGAGGAAGACAUGACGUUGACUCAGCAGUUUUCCCUGAGGAACUCUGGACCCAGCUCCACACUCAAACUGAAGUUGGCUCUCAGGGUUCUGUGCCUGGAGAAGGAGACAAGUGCGUCGGACCAGCUCUCCUCUGUCCAGGUGAGGAAAGCCAGCAUGGUCAACCCCACCGUCCCCUCCCAGAGACUCUCCGCAUCGGAGUCGCCACUCCCCCCAGCCUACACCACCCCAACACCACCCAUGGAGGCCUCCACCCACUCCCUCCAUCGCAGGGAGGAGCGAAAGGAGGAGCCGUACGGUGGCAGCCCCAUCAGGAGCACCUCUAUCAGGAGCACUUCCAACCUGAGCACCACCAUAUCCAACUCCCAGAAACACCUGCCCCAUAAGGACUCCAUGGCCAGCCUGGCCUCGGACAUCUCCCUGCCCUUCGCCACCCAAGAGCUGCAGCAGAGGCUCAGGCAGCUGCAGAAUGGGUCUGCCCCUAGUCCGUACCCCCUGGGCGAGAUUCAGCUGACUGUCCGCCAUAGCUCCCAGAGGAACAAGCUCAUCGUGGUGGUGCACGCCUGUCGAAACCUCAUUGCGUUCACUAAGGAGGGAUCAGAUCCUUUCGUUCGGGUUUACUUGCUCCCUGACAAGAGCCGGACAGGCCGGAGGAAAACCAGCACCAUAAAGAAAACCCUGAACCCUGUGUAUGAUCAAACGUUUGAGUUCAGUGUGUCCAUGGUGGAGCUGCACAGGAGAACUCUGGACAUUGCUGUGAAGAACGGAGGGAGUAUACUGUCCAAACACAGAGGACUCCUCGGGAAGGUGAUGGUGGAUUUGAGUGUUGAGGAUAUAUGCAAGGGCUGGACACAAUGGUAUGAUCUGACUGAAGAUGGCAACCGCAAAACAGUCCAGGCAUAGAGAGGUAGAGAAUGACACAGGAAGACCGCACCUCCAUCAUCAUAAACACCAAUUGACAUUCAUAGAAACACACUCUGCUUUCAUAUAAUUUCUUUCUUUUUUUCCCAUUGAAUUUGUGUGUUGUCGACCUAAGUAGAGAUACGACUUCAGGUGUACUAUAAUAUGCUGUUCCUGCAGUAUUCAACGACGUCAAAGAUUCGCAAAAUUGUCCUGUUAAAAGCAAAACAUUUAUCAGAAAAUGUAGGUUAAUGUGUCAAAAAAGCACAUUUACUGCCUUUUCUCUAAGUUGUCAAUGUUUAUAUACAGUGGGGAGAACAAGUAUUUGAUACACUGCCGAUUUUUCAGGUUUUCCUACUUACAAAGCAUGUAGAGGUCUGUAAUUUUUAUCAUAGGUACACUUCAACUGUGAGAGACGGAAUCUAAAACUAAAAUCCAGAAAAUCACAUUGUAUGAUUUUUAAGUAAUUAAUUUGCAUUUUAUUGCAUGACAUAAGUAUUUGAUACAUCAGAAAAGCAGAACUUAAUAUUUGGUACAGAAACCUUUGUUUGCAAUUACAGAGAUCAUACGUUUCCUGUAGUUCUUGACCAGGUUUGCACACACUGCAGCAGGGAUUUUGGACCACUCCUCCAUACAGACCUUCUCCAGAUCCUUCAGGUUUCGGGGCUGUCGCUGGGGGAAAUACGGACUUUCAGCUCCCUCCAAAGAUUUUCUAUUGGGUUCAGGUCUGAAGACUGGCUAGGCCACUCCAGGACCUUGAGAUGCUUCUUACGGAGCCACUCCUUAGUUGCUCUGGCUGUGUGUUUCGGGUCGUUGUCAUGCUGGAAGACCCAGCCACGACCCAUGUUCAAUGCUCUUACUGAGGGAAGGAGGUUGUUGGCCAAGAUCUUGCGAUAUAUGGCCCCAUCCAUCCUCCCCUCAAUACGGUGCAGUCGUCCUGUCCCCUUUGCAGAAAAGGAUCCCCAAAGAAUGAUGUUUCCACCUCCAUGCUUCACGGUUGGGAUGGUGUUCUUGGGGUUUUACUCAUCCUUCUUCUUCCUCCAAACACGGUGAGUGGAGUUUAGACCAAAAAGCUCUAUUUUUGUCUCAUCAGACCACAUGACCUUCUCCCAUUCCUCCUCUGGAUCAUCCAGAUGGUCAUUGGCAAACUUCAGAUGGGCCUGGACAUGCGCUGGCUUGAGCAGGGGGACCUUGCGUGCGUGGCAGGAUUUUAAUCCAUGACGGCGUAGUAUGUUACUAAUGGUUUUCUUUGAGACUGUGGUCCCAGCUCUCUUCAGGUCAUUGACCAGGUCCUGCCGUGUAGUUCUGGGCUGAUCCCUCACCUUCCUCAUGAUCAUUGAUGCCCCACGAGAUGUAGACCUCUACAUGCUUUGCAAAACCCUCAGACCAAAUCGGCAAUACUUGUUCUCCCCACUGUAUGUAUAACUGGGCUAAAAUUGACUAAUUAAGAUUUGCAGGGAUUUCAUUUUUAUUUGUUACUAUUGAAGGAAAUGAUGUUGAAAUUCUAUUUAUUUUUUAUUUUACAUUGAAUGGACUCCAUAUCUAUUGAUGAUGUGAACGAAUUCUCAUCAAAGGGACAGAUAUGGCUCCUAUGGUAGUUACAUGCCAUUAACAUGGAUGAGCAGUUCAUUUGUUUUAUGUAUUUUUGUCAUGCAGUGUUAUUUGGUCUUUGUUUACUUCCAUGUGUUUUCUUCAUGCUAAUUAACAUCAAUUACUAGUACGGUGAUUCGAAGUCCUACCACUGAAUAGACAUCUAAAAAUGAUGAAAUUGUGGUUCAGUAUAUUCUAUACUGUAUAUUUUGAGGGAUUCAGUGCAAUAUAGGAUUAUGUUGAGAUGGAGGGGUAUAUGUCAGGGCGGGGGAUAUGUUCUGCUCUGGUGUACAUUAUAUCUAAAUAGAGAUAAGAGUUUGAUUAUUGUAAUACAUCAUUUGUAAAGUAAUAGAGGAUAAUAUAUUAAUGGUUUCUUACACCAGACGUUAUGGUCAUUUUUGAGCAACAUUGUGUGAAGUUUUUGUUUUUAUUUGUCGAAUGAUGACAGAAUGUGCUAUAGUCUACUACUGUACGUAAAGCCAUACAGUGAAUACUGUUUUUAUCUUGAAACACUUCCAUAUAGUGCAUUACAAACAUCUUAAAUCCUCUGUCAGUUAUCUUUCCUGUGCCUUAUUGACAUUAAACACCUUCACAUUCACAAAUGUACAUGAAACCUUUUAGCAUCAAUAGUUUUCAAGUUUGGAAUAAGGAUAUUCAUGGUUUGUUUUGAAUAAUAAACAGUUGUUUCUCUUUAAUUAAAAAAUGUAUCUUGUUUUGA